AUGAGGAUCAUUCACGGAGAGGGAUACAACGAUGAGCAGCGCCUGGCCUUCGCCAAGCUGGUGUACCAGAACAUCUUUACUGCGGUCAAAUCCAUGACCACGGCCAUGACAACCCUCAAGAUCCCUUAUGCCAUCAAAGAGAACCAGACGUACGCACAGUUCGUGCAGCAGGUGGACGCGUGGCAGGUCACCCAGCUGGACCGGGGCUCGGUGGACGCAAUCAAGCGCCUCUGGGCCGACCCCGCUCUCUAUAACAGCAGAGGUGUGUACCAGCUGCUGGACUCCACGCAGUACUAUAUGGAUAACUUGGACCGCAUAGCUGCACCCAACUACAUCCCCAGUGCCCAGGACGUGCUGAGGGUUCGAAUGCCGACCACGGGCAUCAACGACUACUCUUUCAAAAUGCAGAGGACUUCUCUCAGGAUAGUGGACGUCGGGGGCCAGAAAUCGGAGAGGCGCAAGUGGAUCCACUGCUUUGAGAACAUGACGGCGCUCAUCUUCCUGGCGUCCCUCAGCGAGUACGAACAGGUGCUGGAGGAGCAGGAGACCGAGAACCGCCUGGCGGAGAGCCUGGCCCUCUUCUCCACCACCAUCCACUCCCAGUGGUUCGAAAACACGGCCAUCGUCCUCUUCCUCAACAAGACGGACAUCCUGAGCGACAAGACCAAGACCUCGGACCUGCAGACCUACUUUCCCGAAUUCAAAGGCCCGAAGUGUGACGCUGAGGAGGCCCAGCAGUUCAUCAAACAGAAGUAUCUAGACAAGGCCAAGGAGCUCAGACGCCCACUGUUCUGCCACUACACCUGUGCCACGGACACGGAAAACAUCCGCCAGGUCUUCAGGCACGUGAGGGCAACUGCCCUCCAAAAACCACUGGAGCCCUGUUCCUGCUUGUAG